AGUCAGUGGAGGGUAACUGCAGGAGGGAGGGCGAGAGAGAAAGUGCAAAGACAUCUGCACCUGUGAACCAAAGGGCUACAGAACUUGUUGCCUAUCUCUCAAAGAUCAAAGGAUCCCCUCCACACAGUGAGGUCUGAUCCCACCAAACCCUGUAAACCACACUUUUUCCUCUGAUCUGUCUGCUUUCCUACUCCCUGCAGCCAUGGCACCCACUCUGGCCACGGCAUUUGCCCGUCGCUGGUGGAUGGCGGUAACGGCUAUCAUUGAAAACUUGCUCUUCUCUGCUGUCCUACUGGGCUGGGGUUCCUUACUCAUCAUGCUGAAGUCUGAGGGCUUCUAUUCAUACCUCUGCACUGAGCCAGACAAUAGCUCGAUGGCAAACUUCUCCAUGCCACCUGUGUCUUCAUCAUUGUCUGAUGAUGCAGAAUAUGAAUAUGACGAGUUCCAGUCCGUCCAGCAUGAUGGCGGUGUGGAGGUGGUCCCUCUGAACCAUCCAGAAGACCACCUGAGGAUGAAUGGAUGGCUGAUCUGUAAGGAGCAGGAUGAGAUGCUCAAUCUGGCCUUCACCGUGGGCUCCUUCCUCCUCAGCGCUAUUACGCUCCCUCUUGGAAUCGUCAUGGACAAAUACGGCCCACGCAAACUCCGUCUGCUUGGCAGUGCCUGCUUUUCCCUCUCGUGCCUAAUGAUCGCUUAUGGAGCCAGCAACCCGAAUGAUCUGUCGGUCCUUAUCUUCAUUGCUCUGACCUUUAAUGGAUUUGGAGGAAUGUGUAUGACCUUCACUUCACUUACGUUGCCCAACAUGUUUGGUGACCUUCGUUCCACCUUCAUCGCACUUAUGAUUGGCUCAUAUGCUUCCUCAGCUGUCACCUUUCCUGGGGUCAAGGUGAUCUAUGACCUUGGCAUUACCUUUAUCACGAUUCUGGUGGUCUGGGCAGGCUGUGCAGGUCUCGUUUUCUUCAACUGCUUCUUCAACUGGCCCCUGGAGCCUUUCCCUGGACCCGAGGACAUGGAUUACUCUGUCAAGAUCAAAUUCAGCUGGCUGGGCUUCGACCACAAGAUCACUGGCAAGCAGUUUUAUAGGCAGGUGACGACAGUCGGUAAACGUCUGAGUGUCGACAACACUCUGAAACAGAAAGAGCUUGCUGCCAAGGAGGGCCACAAACUCUGCCUGUCCACCAUGGAUCUGGAACUGCAGUGUGAGCCCAAGGAGGAGUCUCAGUCGUUCAUGCAGAGUAUUUUUAGUCCCCUCUUCAUGCUGAGUCUGGUAACCAUGUGUGUGACUCAACUCCGUCUCAUCUUCUACAUGGGAGCCAUGAACAACAUCUUGGAGUCUCUAAGUGGAGGAGAUCUUAACACAGUGAGCCUCUACACGUCCAUUUUCGGUGUGAUGCAACUCUUAUGCCUGAUGACGACGCCGGUCAUCGGUCAGAUCAUGGAUUGGAAACUCAAGGAAUGUGAUGAUGGAGAAAUCAAUGAAAAAGAGGCCAACAAGGAUGAGCCCCAACCCAAACGCAGAGACAGACAGAUUCAGAAAGUGACCAACGCCACACGGGCCUUCAUCUUCACUAACAUCCUCCUCGUCGGCUUUGGAAUCACCUGCCUGAUUCCUAACCUCCCUCUUCAGAUGUUAUCGUUUGUUCUUCACACCAUCGUCAGAGGCUUCAUCCACUCAGCCAUUGGUGGACUUUAUGCUGCUGUGUACCCAUCCACUCAGUUUGGCAGUCUGACCGGAAUGCAGUCUCUGGUUAGCGCUUUAUUUGCACUGCUACAGCAGCCUUUGUUUAUGGCUAUGAUGGGACCACUAAAGGGAGACCCACUCUGGGUGAAUGUCGGUCUGCUAGUACUUAGUAUGCUGGGCUUCCUGUUACCUCUCUACCUGCUGUACUUCAGAAAAACUCUGCACAAAAAGAGGAAGGAGAAAGAAAACAUGGCUAAAAUCUACCUGAAAAUCAACGGCAGUGAUGUACCAGAGGCAUUUGUGUAGAGAAAGCAGAUAAAGGGAAAAACAUGAGAUUAAAAAAGACAUGAGACUAAAAAAGACAGAAAAUAUCAUGGCCACACAGACGUAGAUGCAGUGACAAUUACACACUAUUUUGUCUCUCUUUUAUAGAGGCAUAUUCAGCCAAUAUCUGAUUAACUCAGUAGAUGAAAAGAGGGAUGAAGCAACAUGGGAAAUUUGCUGUCCCUCUUUCAUUGUCAAAUGAGGUUCAUUUAUUUUAAUUUACAAAGUCAAAACUCAUAUAUUUAAAAUGGGAAAUAUUUAUAUGUGGAGUGUUCAUGCAGUCAAGGUUUAACCCUAACAUAAAAACAAAGCCUGUGUGUUUUAGAAAUACAUUUCCGUUUAUUGCAUAUUAUAAUAUUGAAUUUUUCUUGCUACUGCAAGAUUUGUAUACACCGUUAUGUUUAAGAGGAGGGCUGAAGAAACCAGCCUGGCCACACAGACGGUACAAUGAUGCCAGUUGGCUCUUUCACAGGAACACCCAAACAACCCUCAUUCAUUCUGCUAACCUCCACAUGGGUUUUCACUGAUGUAAAAUUAAUAUAAUCUUGAGUGUAAAUCCCCAGUUUUGUGUAAAAAAAUAAAAAUAAAGCACAAAAAAAAAAAAAAAAGGCCAAUAAAUGCUUCUAUAAGAAGAACAGCUAAUUUCAGAUCAUAAGUAACCCUUGUUUUAGAGAAUUAUGUACCGUAUAAGUACAAUGAUCUCAUGAGCCUACAAGGCAACACCUUAUAAAUCUUGUUAUAGUAAACCAUGAUAUAUGGUACCUAAAGGUGUAAUGGAAGGUAUUACAUGCUUUCAGCUCUGCAAUCCCAUUGCAUGCACAAAACACAACUUGCAAGAACAUUUUGCAUUCAUAAUGAUUCACAAAGUGGCGUUUAACAUAUUUGUAAUGAAAUAACAUUUAUGAAAAGGAAACAAGGAAGUAUAAUACAAUCUGAUCACUUUAGAUCACAGUAGUUUAGGAGAGCCCUGAUUUAUGCAUGUCAGUUUGUAUAUAUAUAUAUAUAUAUAUAUAUAUAUAUUUACAUACACAUAAGACGCAUACACAAAGAAAGAGGCUUGACUCAACUGGUUAUGAUCUGUACUAAGUGACUAAUCUGCAAAGUGAUUGCUGAAAGCUGUAAGAGAAACAAAUGUCAGGGGAACAACAGCACUUUGUCUCACACACAUGUCCCAUAAAGCCCCUCAUGACUUAAAAUUCCCUUUUCUGUCUUUCUUUUAUUUUGUGCUUGUAUACUAAAAUAACAUUCUGUGAUACUUCAGAGUCUGUUAGGAGUCAUUUGGCAUUCAUAUGUCAGUGAUUGCAUGAUCAAGUUCCCAUGGACCUCUAAAGUGACAAUGUUAUUUAGAAAGCACAACUUAACUCACACAUUUGCCUUUUGUAAAAACCUUUUGUGCAGUUUACAGUGCAGUUAAUGAUGAUGAUAGCUGACAAGAGGAUUUGAACCACGGAUUCUAUGGAAAUGUUUUUGAUGCUUUGUUUAUUGUAUUUAUUUCUUUUGUGUUUUCAAAUCUAACAGACAACAUGGACAGUGCAACCUUAUUUGCAAAGGUUGUUAUAGUAACUAGCAUGUCAAUGUUGUAGUAGCUUGUUUUUUUUUUUGUUUUUUUAAAAACCUCCAUUUAUUGUUCAACAUGGCAUUUUUGUUGAGGAUUACAUAUAUUCAAUAAAAUAUGAAUUUAAUUAUU